CUACUGACUCGGUUCGAACUUGUUGGUUGCCUACGGCGUCGACCUUGACAUCGCUAUGUUUGAGCACAAUACAGCAAGCAGUAUACUCGGCUGGAUCUCCAUUGCCUGCUGGAUAAUCGUAUACUCGCCACAACUAUACGAGAACUACACCUUGCAGUCCGGGGAAGGUCUCAGUCUAUCCUUCGUCGUCAUAUGGCUCAUCGGCGACCUCUGUAACCUCACGGGAGCGGCUCUUGGGAACCUAUUACCCACAGUCAUCCUUCUAGCAGUCUAUUACACCCUUUGCGACAUUGCACUCCUGGCGCAGGUCUAUUACUACCGAUGGAAGCGGGCGCGCCGCUCCCCCGAGUCUGCGCCGCUGCUCCAGGGGACUGACCGUGCAGAGGCGAAGCCGGAACCCUCGACACGCGUCAUCGUCCUCCGCUACGCCGCUGCGCUGGUCUUCGUAAUUGCGACCGGCGUGGCUGCUUGGGCUGUCGCGCGCUGGACGGAAGGGGGUAAAGGGCCAGGCGACGCCGCGCCUGAGCAGCCUCCGCCUGAGGCGGGGACGCCCGCCCGCACGUGGGCGAUUCAGAUCCUCGGUUGGACGAGUGCCGUGCUCUACCUGGGCGCCCGGAUCCCGCAGAUUCGCAAAAACGUCGAGACGCGGUGCGAUGGACUGGCCCCUGGGCUGUUUGUCUUUUCAAUCUUCGGUAACUUGACAUAUGCGCUUUCAAUCUGCGCGGAGAGUAUGGACGGGGAUUACUUGGUCAAGAACGCCAGCUGGCUCGCCGGUAGCGCGCUGACGGUCUUCCUGGACGUCACGGUGAGUGUCUAGUGAUUGUGAUUGCUACUCGUCGGGGGCUGAGCGCGGGGCGUGCAGGUGCUCGGCCAGUUCUUUUAUUACAGGCGACAAGAGCGCGC